AUGUCAACUCCCAAAACAUGGCUCAUAGUCGGCGCAUCUCGCGGCAUUGGUCUCGAGUUUGUCCGCCAAAUCAUCGGUCAUGGUCACCGCGUCAUUGCGACAGUGCGAAAUCCCAACUCCGAUAUCGAUGCGUUGGCUAAGACUGCGCCAGAUCGAGUACGGGUUUUGACGUGUGACGUUUCUCGUGAGGAGAGUAUCAAUGGCUUCAUUGAACAGUUCGUUCAAUCCGGGGAGCGGAAAAUAGACUAUGCAGUCAUUAAUGCCGGGAUAUUGAAAUACCCGAAUGUAAGACACAAAUCUCUUCCUUUGACAUUCGAGCGCUUCGCAACUCACCUACACACAAACACCAUCGGACCCAUUAUCGUAGCUCAGAAACUACUACAACUAGCCAACGUCACCAUCGGGACAAUAGCUUUUAUGUCAAGUGAUUCCGGCUCAACGACGCGCUUCCUUGCUUUCGAAGAUGGGUUCGCUGCAUAUUCCGCAUCAAAAGCUGCUUUGAAUCAAGCUCUGAGGCACAUGGCCGAGGAACUCAAACGAAAGCAAAGCCAAACGGCUAUAUUAGCUUUGCAUCCUGGAGAGGUGUCGACUGACAUGAGCAAGAUCGAUAUUGCGUGGGAGAUCAGCGGCGGACAAAUUACGGCCGAAGAGUCGGUGUCUGCCAUGAUUGAUGUUAUCCAGAGCAAAAGUAUUGAGCAUACUGGGACGUUUUGGACCUGGAAGAACGAGGUAUGUAUCUUCCUGCCUAGGUGA